GAAGGAACAUCUCAUUCUACAAGCAAACAUGAACGGGGAAGCCAGCAAAAUAAAAGGAGGCCACACCUAUGAGGUAAACGGCAUAGAAAACAACCAAGAAGACAACAGAAUUUCUUUGAUUUUUUCUCUUAAAGAAGAAGUUGGAGCUUUAGCCAAAGUCCUGCGCAUAUUUGAGGAAAAAGAUAUCAGCUUGACUCACAUAGAGUCCAGGCCUUCUCGUCUCAAUAAGGAUGAAUACCAAUUUUUUAUUAAUUUGGAUGACAAGAGCACCCAUGCUUUGGAUGACAUUAUUAGUUGCCUAAGGAAUGACAUUGGAGCAACCGUGCAUGAACUUUCCAGAAACAAAAGGAAGGAUGCUGUUCCUUGGUUCCCACGCACCAUCCAAGAUCUUGAUAAAUUUGCCAAUCAGAUUCUGAGCUAUGGAGCAGAACUUGAUGCUGAUCAUCCUGGCUUCACUGAUCCAGUUUAUCGUGCCCUCCGUAAAGAGUUUGCUGAUAUUGCUUAUAACUAUAAACAUGGCCAGCCAAUCCCACAUGUGACCUACACAGACCAAGAAAAGAAAACAUGGGGCACAGUGUUCCGAGAACUGAAGACUCUGUAUCCCACUCAUGCUUGCUAUGAACAUAAUCAUGUGUUUCCACUGCUGGAAGAGUACUGUGGAUACAAUGAGAACAAUAUACCACAGCUUGAAGAUGUCUCCAAUUUCCUGCAAAAAUGUACUGGAUUCCGCUUACGCCCUGUUGCUGGCUUACUGUCUUCGCGAGAUUUCUUGGCUGGAUUGGCUUUCCGUGUUUUCCACUCUACCCAGUAUAUUCGACACUGGUCAAAACCAAUGUAUACCCCUGAACCUGAUGUUUGCCAUGAGCUGCUUGGACACGCACCUCUGUUUGCUGACCCGGGUUUUGCUCAGUUUUCGCAAGAAAUUGGAUUGGCUUCACUGGGAGCUCCUGAUGAGUACAUUGAGAUGCUUGCUACGGUGUACUGGUUCACUAUAGAAUUUGGGAUAUGUAAGCAGGAUGGCAAGUUAAAAGCCUAUGGUGCUGGCCUCCUCUCAUCAUUCGGCGAACUGCAGUACUGUCUCACAGACAAACCAGAGUUCAAACCUUUUGAGCCUGAAAAAACAGCCCUGCAGAAGUACCCAAUUACUGAAUUCCAGCCGAUAUAUUUUAUUGCUGAAUCUUUUGAAGAAGCAAAGGAAAAAAUAAGGAAAUUUGCAACUACAAUCCCUCGUCCUUUCUCUGUUCGCUAUAACCCCUACACUCAAAGCAUUGAGGUCCUGGACAACAUCCAACAACUGAAGAAUCUUGCAGAGAGCAUUAACAGUGAAAUUGGGAUUCUCUGCAGUGCCCUUAAAAAGCUGGAAUAGACCGUAUGAAACCCUGUUCCCUCAGAAUUGAUGGAAGUGGAGCAAUCAAUGUAAAGAAUAAAUGUUGUGUGCAUUAUGUCUUAAAAUGUGCAACUGAAAAUGUUAUAUAAAGGGAAAAUAUAUUUGUAUAUUUCCUAAAAUUAAUUCAUGAUCUUUAAACUUAAGCAGAAUUUAGGUUAUGACUAGCCUGUCUGUGAAGCAAAGGUGUUUAGAAAGCUAGCUUUCAAGCCAUACUUCUAGUAAUUUGCUUGUAAAUUGCCGCGACUUUUUCGUAACCAUUACGAAUUGCGCGAAUUGUUGUGACUUUUUCGUAUUGAGCGCUCGUAAACGGCGGGCAAAACUUUCAGACUUUGCAUGAUUUUGGAAGCCUCCCAUAGGACUCAAUGGCACUCUGCAGCUCCAACCUGGCCCAAGGAAAGUCACGAUACUGAGGCUUAAAUGAAUCCGAAACUUUCGCACUCGGCGCGAGGGCUACGAAAAAGUCGCGACAAUUCGCACAAAUCGUAAUGGCUACGAAAAAGUUGCAACAAUUUACGAAAAAAUCGGAAAAUACCAAUCAUUACGAAAAAAACGCAUUCGGACGCCUUCGGAGUGUUCGUGGAUUAGUAAAUGUGCCCCUAGGUGUGCUAAAGAGAUGGGGUGAUAUUGGGCUGGUACAGAGACCCAAAACAAAAGCUUUAACCUGUCUAAACUAAAGAGUUUUGACGGGGUCCUACACUUUAUGAUGCAAAAAUACAAAUAGGCUUACAUGUAUAUAAAUAUGUUAAUAAUGUUAAAUAUUUUUACCCAGUAAUGUAACACUGUCAUAGUCACAUCAAUUACUGAAAGAGAAAAGGCACAAUCAUUUUAUGUAAGAUAUCUGUGCUAAAUGUUCUACGGCUAACACUAUUAUAUAGCUUUGUUAACUUUGUAUUUUUUUCUUUAUUGCAUACACAAGUAAUAAAUUGUAAAACAAUUUUACUAACCCUCCAUUUUGUUUUACACUGUUUUGCAUUUGUACCCCACAGGGAAGUGCAGUUAUAUCUGACAUAAGCACAAAUAAUGACCUGAGAGAUAAAUCUCCUUUAAUAUCAUCAAUUUUUAUAAUGCCUUUUGUUUAAGUCAUUGCAUAAACUAGCAGCAUAGAAGACUGACUCGCCUCUAAGGUUAAAGUCUACAGUCAUUUUCAUAUUUUUUGAUACUUUGUAGUGUUUAAAUCAUAUGUAUCCUUACUAUUUUAAUAAACUUCUUUAAUCAAAA